AAGGCAGCAGAGACGCUGCAGAGGGCUUUUCUUAGACAUCAUCUGCAGACGGCUGGCAGGAUAGAAGCAGCGGCUCACUUGGACUUGUUCACCAGUGAAAUCAGAGACAAUGAUGGGGCUCUUCCCCAGAACUACAGGGGCUCUGGCCAUCUUCAUGGUGGUCAUAUUGGUUCAUGGAGAAUUGCGAAUAGAGACCAAAGGUCAAUAUGAAGAAGAAGAGAUGGCUAUGCAACAAGCUAAAAGAAGGCAAAAACGUGAAUGGGUGAAAUUUGCCAAACCCUGCAGAGAAGGAGAAGAUAACUCAAAAAGAAACCCAAUUGCCAAGAUUACUUCAGAUUACCAAGCAACCCAGAAAAUUACCUACCGAAUCUCUGGAGUGGGAAUUGAUCAGCCGCCUUUUGGAAUCUUUGUUGUUGACAAAAACACUGGCGAUAUUAACAUAACAGCUAUAGUUGACCGAGAGGAAACUCCAAGCUUCCUGAUUACAUGUCGGGCUCUAAACGCCCAAGGACUAGAUGUAGAGAAGCCACUUAUACUAACAGUUAAAAUUUUGGAUAUUAAUGAUAAUCCUCCAGUAUUUUCACAACAAAUUUUCAUGGGUGAAAUUGAAGAAAAUAGUGCCUCAAACUCACUGGUGAUGAUACUAAAUGCCACAGAUGCAGAUGAACCAAACCACUUGAAUUCUAAAAUUGCCUUCAAAAUUGUCUCUCAGGAACCAGCAGGCACACCCAUGUUCCUCCUAAGCAGAAACACUGGGGAAGUCCGUACUUUGACCAAUUCUCUUGACCGAGAGCAAGCUAGCAGCUAUCGUCUGGUUGUGAGUGGUGCAGACAAAGAUGGAGAAGGACUAUCAACUCAAUGUGAAUGUAAUAUUAAAGUGAAAGAUGUCAACGAUAACUUCCCAAUGUUUAGAGACUCUCAGUAUUCAGCACGUAUUGAAGAAAAUAUUUUAAGUUCUGAAUUACUUCGAUUUCAAGUAACAGAUUUGGAUGAAGAGUACACAGAUAAUUGGCUUGCAGUAUAUUUCUUUACCUCUGGGAAUGAAGGAAAUUGGUUUGAAAUACAAACUGAUCCUAGAACUAAUGAAGGCAUCCUGAAAGUGGUGAAGGCUCUAGAUUAUGAACAACUACAAAGCGUGAAACUUAGUAUUGCUGUCAAAAACAAAGCUGAAUUUCACCAAUCAGUAAUCUCUCGAUACCGAGUUCAGUCAACCCCAGUCACAAUUCAAGUAAUAAAUGUAAGAGAAGGAAUUGCAUUUCGUCCUGCUUCCAAGAUAUUUACUGUGCAAAAAGGCAUAAGUAGCAAAAAAUUGGUGGGUUAUAUCCUGGGAACAUACCAAGCCAUCGAUGAGGACACUAACAAAGCUGCCUCAAAUGUCAAAUAUGUCAUGGGACGUAACGAUGGUGGAUACCUAAUGAUUGAUUCGAAAACUGCUGAAAUCAAAUUUGCCAAAAAUAUGGACCGAGAUUCUACUUUCAUAGUUAACAAAACAAUCACAGCUGAGGUUCUGGCCAUAGAUGAAUACACGGGUAAAACUUCUACGGGCACGGUAUAUGUUAGAGUACCCAGUUUCAAUGACAAUUGUCCAACAGCUGUCCUCGAAAAAGAUGCAAUUUGCAGUUCUUCACCUUCCGUGGUUGUCUCCGCUAGAACACUGAAUAAUAGAUACACUGGCCCCUAUACAUUUGCACUGGAAGAUCAGCCUGUAAAGUUGCCUGCCGUAUGGAGUAUCACAACCCUCAAUGCUACCUCGGCCCUCCUCAGAGCCCAGGAACAGAUAGCUCCUGGAGUGUACCACAUCUCCCUGGUACUUACAGACAGUCAGAACAAUCGGUGUGAGAUUCCAGGCAGCUUGACACUGGAAGUCUGCCAGUGCGACAACAGGGAUGUCUGUGGAACUUCUUACCCAACCACAGGCCCUGGGACCAGGGAUGGCAGGCUGCCCUCAGGUAGGCUGGGGCCUGCCGCCAUCGGCCUGCUGCUCCUUGGUCUCCUGCUGCUGCUGUUGGCCCCCCUUCUGCUGUUGACCUGUGACUGUGGGGCAGGUUCCACUGGGGGAGUGACAGGUGGUUUUAUCCCAGUUCCUGAUGGCUCAGAAGGAACAAUUCAUCAGUGGGGAAUUGAAGGAGCCCAUCCUGAAGACAAGGAAAUCACAAAUAUUUGUGUGCCUCCUGUAACAGCCAAUGGAGCUGAUUUCAUGGAAAGUUCGGAAGUUUGUACAAAUACGUAUGCCAGAGGGACAGCGGUGGAAGGCACUUCAGGAAUGGAAAUGACCACUAAGCUUGGAGCAGCUACUGAAUCCGGAGGUGCUGCAGGCUUUGCGACAGGGACAGUGUCAGGAGCUGCUUCGGGAUUCGGAGCAGCCACUGGAGUUGGCAUCUGUUCCUCAGGGCAGUCUGGAACCAUGAGAACAAGGCAUUCCACUGGAGGAACCAAUAAGGACUACGCUGAUGGGGCAAUAAGCAUGAAUUUUCUGGACUCCUACUUUUCUCAGAAAGCAUUUGCCUGUGCGGAGGAAGACGAUGGCCAGGAGGCAAAUGACUGCUUGUUGAUCUAUGAUAAUGAAGGCGCAGAUGCCACUGGUUCUCCUGUGGGCUCCGUGGGUUGUUGCAGUUUUAUUGCUGAUGACCUGGAUGACAGCUUCUUGGAUUCACUUGGCCCCAAAUUUAAAAAACUUGCAGAGAUAAGCCUUGGUGUUGAUGGUGAAGGCAAACAAGUUCAGCCACCCUCUAAAGACAGCGGUUAUGGGAUUGAAUCCUGCGGCCGUCUCACAGAAGUCCAGCAGCCAGGAUUUGUUAAGUGCCAGACUUUGUCAGGAAGUCAAGGAGCUUCUGCUUUUUCCGCCUCUGGGUCUGUCCAGCCAGCUGUUUCCAUCCCUGACCCUCUGCAGCACGGUAACUAUUUGGUAACGGAGACUUACUCGGCUUCUGGUUCCGUCCUGCAACCUUCCACUGCAGGCUUUGAUCCACUUCUCACACAAAAUGUGAUAGUGACAGAAAGGGUGAUCUGUCCCAUUUCCAGUGUUCCUGGCAACCUAGCUGGCCCAACGCAGCUACGAGGGUCACACACUAUGCUCUGUACAGAGGAUCCUUGCUCCCGUCUAAUAUGACCAGAAUGAGCUGGAAUAGCACACUGACCAAAUCUGGAUCUUUGGACUAAAAUACUCAAAAUGGCAUAGCAAAGCUCACUGUAUUGGGCUAAUAAUUUGGCACUCAUUAGCUUCUCUCAUAAACUGAUCACGAUUAUAAAUUAAGUGUUUGGGUUCAUACCCCAAAAGUGAUAUGUUGUCACUCCUAAUUCUUAAGUACUAUUCAAAUGGUAGUAAAUCUUAAAGUUUUUCAAAAUCCUUAAGAUCAUAUUCGCCAGGAAAUGUUCCUAAACAUUCAUAAGCUUCUAUUUUUCCACUGCCAGAGGAAGGUGUUUAUCAUUUUAAAAUGCAAUGUGGUUUAGUGGAUUAAGCAGGAGCGCUGGUUCUUGUCUCCGUUGCCUUUUCUUAUAUCAUUGAUAAUGAUGUAAGAAUC